GCAAAGGCUUUUACUAAUGAAGGAACAUAAAUGCACAAGAUGGGAAAUAACAGCACAAACAGUAUGAGAGUAAAGUGCACUGAUCAACAAAUGCUGUUUCAGUACUCGCUCUUGGCAACCACCUAUAUCUCUGGGCAGAAGCCUUAACUCUAUAGUUCACCUUGAUGAACAUACCGAGAUAUUCAAGAUGGGCAGCAACAGUACCAGCACUGCUGAGAGCAAUUGCAAUGCUACACAUCUGACAUUUCAGUACUCACUCUAUGCAACUACCUAUAUCUUCAUAUUCAUCCCUGGUCUCCUGGCUAACAGUGCAGCCUUGUGGGUUCUGUGCCGCUUCAUCAGCAAGAAGAAUAAGGCCAUCAUUUUCAUGAUCAACCUCUCAGUGGCAGAUCUUGCUCAUGUCCUAUCCUUACCUCUCCGGAUUUACUAUUAUAUCAAUCGUCACUGGCCAUUCCAGAGGGCGCUUUGCCUGCUCUGCUUUUAUCUGAAAUAUCUCAACAUGUAUGCCAGCAUUUUUUUCUUGACAUGCAUCAGCCUUCAGAGGUGCCUCUUUCUCCUCAAGCCAUUCAGUGCCAGAAACUGGAAACGUAGGUAUGAUGUGGCCAUCAGUGCUACUAUCUGGGUCAUCGUGGGGACUGCCUGUUUGCCACUUCCCAUACUGAGAAGUGCUGGUUUAGCCAACAACAGGGAAUCCUGCUUUGCCGAUUUAGGUCUUCAUGACAUUAGUAUGGCUUCCUCCAUUGGUAUGGUAACCGCCGCAGAACUUGGAGGGUUCAUAUUGCCUGUUGUAAUCAUUACAUAUUGCACAUGGAAAACAAGAAAAUCUUUACAGGAAUUUCAAGAUCCACCUCAGAAUAUGAAAGAGAGGAAAAAGGCUUUGAGGAUGGUCCUAAUGUGUGCAGUGGUAUUCAUAGUGUGUUUCACCCCUUACCAUCUGAACUUCCCAUUCUUUAUGAUGGUGAAGCAACAUGUCUUUUCAAACUGUUCAUUUAUUAAGAGCACUCUGUGUUUCCACAUCAUUUCCUUGUGUCUUGCAAAUCUAAAUUGUUGCCUUGAUCCAGUUGUGUAUUAUUUUAUGACUUCAGAAUUUCGUGAUCAAUUUUCAGAACAUGGCAGUUUGGUCAUCCAGUCAUGUUUGCGAUGUAAGGACAGUACUUUGGAAAUUCAUCAGAGGAGAGAGAAUCUUCAGACUAUCUCUCUUGAAUGUUUGGAUAUUCCAACACAAUGUGAUGAAAUAAUUAUCUAGAAUAAUCUUUAUACUCUGUCAGUUUAGCCAUGCCAUUUCAAAGUGAUACUGAGUGUCAUGAAGAAACAUGGUCACUUCACUCAAUAUAAUCUCUCUGCAGGAGUUCUCUAUGGCAAGAUCACCUGUGGACCUCCUGGGAAAAUAACUUUCUUCACACAAAGUGAUAAUUAACAGAAAGAGUCUCACACCUGUUCCUCAGAAAUGAGGCCAAUAUUCUCAUCUUCACCUGAAAAAACAAGAUAUCCUAAUAACUAGUGUACAUGUAAAUCCUAUCCAAAAAUUGAGAUGUCUGCAUCAGAAUAUGACCCUAAUUUUAUUUAGAUAACAUACACUACUUGUGUCAAUUGUAUUACAGAAGGAUGACUUUUCAUAUUGAUAUAAUUUAUGAAAAUUAGCAACGUUAUAACUUAAAAUAACUAUAAGAUUUUCUUUUUCUCACCUUGAAGAAAAAAAAUCAAUUCAGAUGAGCCUCUCAAAAUUACCAUGGAAACCACAAUGCAAACACCUUAAAUAAGAACUGUACUGAGCAUAUUUAACAAACUUGAGGUUAAAGACUUAAAAUGAAAUCUUUUUUGCUUAAAUGUCUGUGAGUUUGUGAUGUGAUGCACAUUUUUGUUUACUGGCACUACUUGGAAAAUAUUCUUAUCUAUCUGUUUACCAAAAUCAAUGGUGUCAUUCCUUGGCUAGGUUGAUUGUUUCAUAUGUAACUUCAGAUACAACUUCAUUUGGUAUAUUUAAAUCAACAGAUCAAAGAUGAAUCACACAAUAUAUGUGGUCUUCAUUUUGCUAAGUUUUAGUUUUUACAAGCAAAAUACACCAAUGAACUGAAUUGAAUCCUAUCACUAAUACAGAACAAGCAUUGUCAUUUUUUUAAAAUCCCUGUUGUUGCAUCAAUACUAAUAUAAAUCGUUCCCACUGGAAAUUUUGAAACUAACGAUUUUCAAAUAUUGAAUAUCAUUAAAAUGAAAUUUUAUAAAGCAAUGGUUAGUUUUAUAAAAUUCUAUUUUUGUCUUGUCUAUUUUUGAAUGGUCUUUAAUUUUUAUUAUAUUUUUGGAUUAGUAUAUAAGGAAAUGCAUUUCAUUGUGAUAUUUUCAUAUGUAUACAUCACUGUACUUUCUUAUUUACUCCUCACCCACAGCCUUUUCUUGAUUGCACUCCAAUUCUUGUUGGUGUCCUUUCUUCCUCCUGAAUUCUUCUUUCUUCAUUCUUGAUACAAAUGUUCUGUUACCUCUUGUAUUUGGUUACCUCUCUUAUCAUACUUUGUUUGUGUCCCUUUAUAUCUCUCCCUUUCAUGUCUACUUUGAUGUUUCAUGUGUGUGUAGAUGUGUGUGUGUAUAACGUAUGAUUCUUAAAUAUUUGUCUGGUUUAUCAACAUAUUGAUCUUCAGUUUCAUUCAUUUCCUCAAAAUGUUGUAAUUUAAUUCUUUAAAGUUGAAUAAAAUUCCAUUGC